CAGCAGGGUACCUUUUGCCUAGCUCUCUCCAGUCACCUCCAGUCUCUUCUGGACCAGAGGACUGCUCGCCAUGAAGCUGCUCGCCCACAUCCUGUGUCUCUGCCUGGCCCUGGCAUGGGCUCAGUCGGAAGAGCACGCAGCAGCCGUCCUUGACCGUUGCGAAGGUCUUGAGAUGGACGCUGUUGCCGUGAACGAAGAGGGAAUCCCAUACUUUUUCAAGGGUGACCAUCUGUUCAAGGGCUUCCAUGGCAAAGCAGAGCUGUCUAAUGAGUCCUUCGCCGAGCUGGAUGACCAUCACCACCUGGGCCACGUAGAUGCUGCUUUCCGCAUGCACUACGAGGACAACCCCGCCGACCACGACCACAUGUUCUUCUUCUUGGACACCAAGGUGUUCAGCUAUUACCAACACAAGCUGGAGGACGGCUACCCCAAGGAUAUCUCUGAGGUCUUCCCUGGAAUCCCUGACCACCUUGACGCUGCCGUGGAGUGUCCCAAGCCAGAGUGCGAUGAAGACUCUGUCAUCUUUUUCAAGGGAGACGACAUCUACCACUACAACGUCAGAACCAAGGCUGUGGAUGAGAAAGAGUUCAAGUCCAUGCCAAACUGCACAUCUGCCUUCCACUUCAUGGAUCACUAUUACUGCUUCCACGGACACAUGUUCUCCAAGUUUGACCCCAAGACCGGCGAGGUGCACGGCAGGUACCCCAAGGAGGCACGCGACUACUUCAUGAGAUGCUCCAAGUUCAGUGAUGAUAGCGACCAUGUGGAGAGAGAGCGCUGCAGCCGUGUUCACCUUGAUGCCAUCACAUCUGACAAUGCUGGAAACAUGUAUGCCUUCAGAGGCCACCAUUUCCUGCGUAGAGAUGAGGGCAAUGACACACUGAAGGCUGACACCAUCGAGCACGCCUUCAAGGAGCUGCACAGUGAGGUGGACGCUGUCUUCUCUUAUGAGGAUCACCUUUACAUGAUCAAGGAUGACCAGUUAUUCCUUUACAAAGUUGGCGAGCCCCACACCCACCUGGACGGUUACCCUAAGCCUCUGAAGGAGGAGCUGGGCAUCGAGGGUCCCAUUGAGGCUGCUUUUAUCUGCGGGGAUCAUCACAUUGCCCACAUCAUCAAGGAUCAGAUAAUCUAUGAAGUGGACCUGAAGGUCAGCCCACGCGUUGCAGGCAACGAGCAUCCGAUUGCCCUCUUCAAGAAAGUCGAUGCCGCCAUGUGCGACGCUCUAGGACUCAAAGUGAUCGUAGGCAACCACUUCUACCACUUUGGAAGCCCUAUGCUGUUAACUGCUAGCAGGUCCCUGCCUGAGCAGCGCAGGGUAUCCCUGGAGCUGUUCGGCUGUGAUCACUAAGAGGCUCGCUCGACAGGACUGAAUGGAUUGUGUAGAACGUCACAUACAACACAGUGAAACAUGGAAAAAUGGCAGCACCGGCAACAUCCUACAGGAGGCCCCUUAUAACAAGUCGCCAAGAAGACAAUGAUGCAAUGUUUCACACUAGCUGUUUCCAUUCUGUUGUUUACCUCAAAAUAACUCUCUAUCUGUUUUAUUUCUUUCUGGAAGGGUUCUCACUUUUCACAAAUGAAGCUCACUGGUCCUCUAUGUAAAGUGUGCAACUCAGGAGUUAAAGGGUUCUGCAUGUUUUUCUGUGAUUCAUUUUGUACGGUGUUGUUGUGAAUAAAGAGGAGGAGCAACAAACA